AUGACUGAGUUAGACAAAAUUGCUCCAACUGCAGCCAUAAAGCUGCUAACAAACGCCGAAUGCCAACAAAUUAUUGAGAAAGCCCGCGCAACGGACUCCAAGUUGCAGCUAGAAGACUUUCUACUGACGCCAGCCAAGAAUGCUAGUGGUUAUCUUGGCGAAUACUAUCAUCUGCUCGUGCAGUACAGCGUCGCUGAGCCGGAUGAAAACAAAAAUCUGACUGUUGGGCGCGAAAUGUGCGAACUGCAUGCUUUCGUCAAACGUGUGCCACAGGCCAGCGCAGAGCCAGAGAAGGAGGCAAUAUUCAGAAAGGAGGCGGCAUUGUAUACAACACUCUUGCAGCAGUUAAGGAAAUACUCCACUGUUGCUUGGUCGCCCCGCUGCUACUAUGCACGCGACGAUCUCAUUGUUCUGGAAGACUUGGAAAAAUUGGGUUAUGCCUUGUAUCCCAGCACCGAAGCAUGUCUUCCUAAACACUAUUUGCGUAAGGUGCUACGAACUUUAGCUGCACAGCACGCAUCCAGUUUAGCGCUCGAACAAAUAGAAGGCGUUUGUAUUGGUGACAUCUACCCACAAUUAGACGAAGAGAUCACUGUGUCACAACUUGUGCCGUGGUAUACCACGGGGUUACGUGCCAUUCGCGCUUUGGUUACAUCACAAUUAGAAGCGCAACCUACUUUUGUUCGGGAAACCAUUGAAGCGCGUUUUGUGACUGCCAUUGCAAGCGUGUAUGGCAUGAUCAAUAGCUCUACUAAGUACUGGAAUGUGCUUUGCCAUCGCGACAUUUGGCGCGGUAAUGUCUUCUUUAGCGACAACACUGUGGCCACUUCGAGUGCGAACGAGUACUCGGUAAUGUUCGUGGACUAUCAAACUGCGCGCUACUGUCCGCCUGCUAUCGAUCUGAUAUACAUACUGUUUAUGAACCUAGAUAAGGCUACAAGAAAAGCGGAAGAAAUGGAGUAUUUGCGGUUUUAUUACGAUUAUCUGGAAAGCGAUUGCGUCGCCAAUGGCUUUGAGCAGACUGAUGUGCCGUUCUCUUUUUCCGAUUUAAUGACAUCUUAUUGGGAAUUUCAGUUUUUCGGUUUGCUUUACAGAGCGAUCGCCAGUACAAUUCUGAAUGUUCCACGUGCGAUUGUAACCAAUUUUUACGUUCAUGUGGAACGCACUGAUGCAGUGUUAAAACUGAUGGCAGACUGUCCCGACUUCAGAAAGUAUAUGGCGGAACAGAUUUGUGAUAUAUUGCAGUUUUUGAGCGAAGAAAGCUAUGAUAGAACUAGUCGCUUUUGAUAUAUUAUAAUCUUAUAAUACGAAAUGUUCAGCACAUAGAGGUAUUUGGGUGACUACGAUGCAGAUCAAUAACUGACAAAAUACCGAGUAGGGUAUAUAAAGUUUGCCAAAAUAUUUCUAACACCCAAACAGAAACGGAGAAAACAUGUAUAGUAGAGUGUGUAGAGUGGGGAACUAAGUCGAGUUAGUGUUGUCCAUCUGUCUGUCCGUCUAUAUAAACGCGAACUAGACCCUCAGUUUCUAAGAUAUCGAUCUGAAAUUUGGCAACGUCAUUUUCUUACGAAGAAGCUGCUCAUUUGCCGAAGUCGCCGAUGUCAGACUUGAACGAACUUAAUGAUCAAAAUCUAGAAACAACAAGUUAUCUUCACGAAAUUUGACAUGGAUUAUUGUCCACAGCAACGGUGCAUUCUCAGAAAAAAUUAUUCAAAUCGGACCACCAUAGCAUAUAAAGCGGGUUUCAAUAAAAACGCUACAAAUAAGCCGAUACUGCUGCAAUUUUACAUUCGAUAUUCAUACAAAGUUCAUUAAUCGUCACUGGCUUGUUGGCAUAAAUCAUAGACUUGACGUAACCCCACAGAAAAUAGUCUAACGGCGUCAAAUGGCACGACCAUCCGGCCACUUGACUGCGCUAUUUUGUUAGAUAACACGUUCCCCUAAUUCGGUUUCCAACAAAUCGAUUGUGAUAUUCGCUGUGUGGCUUCGUCUUGUUGGAAUCAUGUAUUUUCCAAGUCCAUCAUCCAAUUCGGACCAAAAAUAUUCGGUUAUCAUUCAUCGGUAGCGAUUCCCACCCACAGUAACGUGUAGGUCUUGAUCAUCACGGAAGAAGUACAAAGAAGAACGAUUUUGUACUGCGCCUGUGGAUUCAAAUUUGUCCACUAGACGGUCUAUUGUUGAUCUGACAGGACGAUUAUGACGACCAUAAA